GGCGGUGAUGUCAUGAUGGUUAACUUUACCCAAUCCGUCGGCCCCGGUCCCGCACCAGUCAGCCGGGAACAACACAGUUUUUUUUUAUGUGACAGAAGAAAGCAGUAACUACUCCCGCAGAAGUACGGGAAAACGGCUUUGUUUGAAGAAGCGUAACUUUACGCACAGGCAGCAGACAGUGGAUCAAACUGAACCCACAGACGUAGUAGUCUACAACCCACACAGAACCCAGUGGGGUUCUGAAGAAUAAGAAAAUGAAUCGGAGUUUAAGUAAAUCGCAGUCUUCUUUGCAGUAUCGUGCGACAGUGGAAGUGAAAAGCAAAUAUGGAGCAGAGUUCAGAAGGUUUUCCCUUAACCGUUCCAACCCCGGGGAGUUCCAAGAUUUCUACAAGCUCAUCCUGCGCCUGCACCGUCUAACCAGCAUUGAUGUCAUCAUUGGCUAUGCAGAUAUCCAGGGAGAGCUACUACCCAUCAAUAACGAUGGCAACUUCUGCAAGGCCGUGUCCACUGCUCCUACCUUACUGCGGAUCUUCAUACAGAGACAAGAGGAAGUAGACGACAAUACCUUCUGCCCCAAUGCCACUGUGACACGCCGGAGGAAGGUGCCAGCGAUCCCCCUGCCACGCGGCGACGUGAACCGCAAAAGGCCCACGGUCCACAUCAGCAGGCCGCAGGACUUCCGCCCCAUCUCGUCCAUUAUUGACACAGAUUUCCUGCCCGCAUCUCAGCGCCGGGUGCGCCUUUACCGCCAGGGCUCAGAGAGGCCCCUGGGGUUCUAUAUCCGGGAUGGGACCACUGUGAGGGUGACUCCCCACGGCCUGGAGAAGGUACCUGGGAUCUUCAUCUCACGGCUGGUCCCUGGAGGCCUGGCUGAGAGCACAGGGCUGCUGGCCAUUAACGACCAGGUGCUUGAGGUGAAUGGGAUUGAGGUGAUGGGCAAGGUGUUAGACCAGGUAACAGACAUGAUGAUCGCAAACAGUCACAAUCUUAUCAUCACAGUGAAGCCAGUGAACCAGCGUAAUAACAUAGUGCGUACCGGCAGCUGGAUGUCGGGGAUAAACUCAGGCAGUGUCAGCUCUUUAGACUACCAGAGUUACCACAGCAUGCCCAUCUGUGUGGGAGCCUACAGCUUCACUGAUGACGAGCUGCAGAGCGACGAGGACUUGGACAUUGUGAUUGAGAGAAGACUCAGAAACUCAUCCCGUCGCUCCUGUGCCUCCACCUCCACAGCCUCCCGUUCCCAGGCUGGUCCCCAGCCCCAGCAGAGUCCUAGGCCUUCUCCUAGGCCAUCCACCCGACGUCCUCCCCGUCGACCUUACUCUAUCAUCUCCUCAACCUCCUAUCACUCACAGCCCAGCCUCACUAACCUGAACCUCAGACUGAACCGAGACCUGACCCUGCAGCAGCACUACAGUAGCAGCCCAGCCAUCAGGGAGAUGAAUGGAGGUGUGUUUAACCACAGCAGCCUGCUCACCCUGAGGACAGAGCUACGACGCAGCCUGGUGCUACAGAGGGGAGGGGUGGAGGAGGACGGAAUGGUCAUCACCUUGUGAUUCUACAGUCAGAUUCUAGAACACUACAAACCACAGGGAGCUGCUGAGGGGAGGACGGAAUGGUCAUCACCCUGUGAUUCUACAGACAGAUUCUAGAACACUACAAACCACAGGGGGCUGCCGAGGGGAGGACGGAAUGGUCAUCACCUUGUGAUUCUACAGUCAGAUUCUAGAACACUACAAACCACAGGGGGCUGCCGAGGGGAGGACGGAAUGGUCAUCACCUUGUGAUUCUACAGUCAGAUUCUAGAACACUACAAACCACAGGGAGGGGAGGACGGAAUGGUCAUCACCUUGUGAUUCUACAGUCAGAUUCUAGAACACUACAAACCACAGGGAGGGGAGGACGGAAUGGUCAUCACCUUGUGAUUCUACAGUCAGAUUCUAGAACACUACAAACCACAGGGAGGGGAGGACGGAAUGGUCAUCACCUUGUGAUUCUACAGUCAGAUUCUAGAACACUACAAACCACAGGGAGGGGAGGACGGAAUGGUCAUCACCUUGUGAUUCUACAGUCAGAUUCUAGAACACUACAAACCACAGGGAGCUGCUGAGGGGAGGACGGAAUGGUCAUCACCCUGUGAUUCUACAGUCAGAU